AUGUCAGAGCAUUGGGUCUUCAUACUGGGAGGACAAGUAUCAAACCGAUGGAGAAAGAUUCCAAUCCGGUGUCCACCACAUCGUCCUUUAACACAAGGAUUGAAUAUCAAUGGGCGUAUGCAUUACUUGGCUUGGGUUCGUUUUCUUUUCCCAGUGCUUGUGAGUUUCGAUAUGACUUCUGAAGAAAUCAGUAUGCUCCAAGAACCUGAAGAUGCCAACUGGUUUCAUAUCUAUACUGAUAUUAUUGAAUACGGUGGAAGGGUAGCUCUUUUACACCAUAUCGAUCUUGAAGACGAAGGUGUGGUGAACUAUGGGUUAUGGAAGAUGAAGAGAAGAAUAGGUGGUCGAGAAAGACUCUGGGGUUGCAUUCUUCUCAAAUGA